AAAUGAACAAAGUGGAAAAUGAACCCGGACUGGUGCAGUGUAUGCUGCAAGCGAUCCGGUGCUGGCUUCCCCGGGAGUAAAAAGACGACUGCUGGAGCUGCACUCAGGAGUCAGCAGAAAUGAGAGCAGCUGCGACGUCUGGAGUUUGACUCCUUAAACGUCUUCAGCCCCAGUUUCAGGCCGCUGGCCAGAAGCCAACUGCCAGGUUCCAACAUGGCGUCCGCGGUGGCCGCCAGGUGCCAAGAUGGCGGCGUGGGGCCGCGCCUGCGCCCUCGCGUCUCCUCCCCCAAUUUUCUCCGGGCUUUGAGCGCGACUCUUUUCGCCUAACCCGAACGCGGGUGUUCGCCUGCGGGGUGGUGGUCUUGAUCGCCCCCCGUUCCUCGCCCCCCACCCCCGCCAUGCGGCUCCUCUGCAGGUGGCAGCUGCUGCUGUGGGUGCUCGGGCUUCCCGCCCGCGGCCUAGAGGUUGCAGAGCAAAGUGGUCACUUAUGGUCAGAGCAACCUGCCCCACCUCUCCAGGAGGAGACUCAGUACCUGGAUAAGGAGGCAACCCCGCAGGACCCCAGCAGCCGCCAGGAGAAGGCAACCGACACUGAUGAUGCUGUGCUGGGGCUGGUCACCCCCGAGGAAUCCAUGGCGGUGCUGUCUGUGAUUCCUGGAGAAGCCGAGGACAAACGGAGCUCAGAGGCCAGCGGCGGCACAUGUGCUGCUGGAGAAGAGGAGGACUCGGGCUGCAGUGUCCGCCACAGCCUCCUCUCCCGGGACAGCACAGACCCGACCUUUCCAGAGAGGGAGGAGGAAUACUACCCCGAGCCAGAAGCCGCCGAGGCAGAGCCAGCCCCGGCGGAGGACUCCAACAACACUGAGAGUCUGAAAUCCCCAAAAGUGAAUUGUGAGGAGAGGAAUGUGACGGGACUGGAAAACUUCACUCUGAAAAUUUUAAAUAUGUCCCAGGACCUUAUGGAUUUUCUAAACCCCAAUGGUAGUGACUGCACCCUGGUCCUGUUCUACACGCCCUGGUGCCGAUUUUCUGCUAGUUUGGCCCCUCAUUUUAACUCGCUGCCCCGGGCAUUUCCAACUCUUCAUUUUUUGGCUCUGGAUGCAUCUCAGCACAGCAGCCUUUCUACCAGGUUUGGUACUGUAGCUGUUCCUAACAUUCUGUUAUUUCAAGGAGCGAAACCAAUGGCUAGAUUUAACCAUACAGAUCGAACACUGGAAACGCUAAAAAUCUUCAUUUUUAAUCAGACAGGUUGACUAUGAGCUGUAAAACGUCUAACAGACUGUAAUGAUCAUGCCAAAUAUCACCCAGCCAUGGCAGGCUUAACAUGAGUAGGUUAUUUUAUUUUAUUUAUUUUUAAUUUUUUGAGACAAGGUCUUACUGUGUAGUCCAGGCUGACCUUGAACUCACUAUGUACCCAGGAACCCAUGGUAAUCCUCCUGCCUCAGCCUCCCAAGUGUUUGGAUUACAAGUGUGUACCAUCAUAUCCUGCCAAGUAGGUAAUUUUAAUGAUUGUAGAUACGUUUUUCAUUGUUUUUGUAUUAUUAGGGACUGAACCCAGGGUCUCUCACAUACAGUAGUAGGCAAAUAUUCCAUCACUGAACUACAUCACUAGUGCUAAGACACUGAUACCCUUUAAAAAAUAAGAUAAAAACAGAUUUAUUUUAAAAAAAGAAACAGGUUUAUUGACUGGAUGUGGUGACACAAACCUGUAAUCCCAGCACUCUGGGAGGCUGAGGCAGCAGACUACAAGUUCCAGGUCAGCCUGGGUAAUUUAAGACUUAACAAGACCCUGUCUGAAAGUAAAAAAGUAAAAAAGGGCAAGGGAUAUAGUUCAGUACAGAGUCCCUGGAUUUACUCUCAGUACUGCAUAGAAGAAAAAAAAACAAAACAAAGUAAGUUUAUAAAAUACAACUGACAUACCAUAUACUUCACCUGAGGAUACCUUUUAAACCUACAUUUUCAGUUGUUUAAUAUUUAUAUAAAACUAUGCAUAAAUCAUUAGUGAUGAACUUUCAUGAAUGCCCUGGGUAACCCAUACUCAGAACAUGAAAAAACAUGACCUGCGUCUCUUCUGCAAAGCUAAUCAGUCUCGACUUGUAAUGCCAUAGACCAGUGUUACCUGUUUUGAAUUUUGCAGUAGUGGAAACAUACAGUAUACAUUCUUUUGUGUUUGGCUUGUGCAUGUGAGAUGCGCCUGCGUUGUUUGGUAUGAUUAUGUUUUGUUCAUUUUUGUUGUGUAGUGUUCCAUUUAUUAAUCUAUUUACAGGUACUGUUUUAAUCCCUUAAUGUUUGUCAAAUAUAUAACUUCAUUUUUUUCCCCCUCUAUUUUUAAGUCUGAGCAUUGUAAACUGAAGAGAUUCCCACCAGUGGAAAACUUCAUUCAGCCACCUCUGAGUAUCCCAUUUCUUCCUGAAGUGUACUCUCUGGAAAUAAGUGCAAAUUAGAACACAUUUCCUGUGUAUAUUGAGCUGUGUAUCAUCACUUUUUUCUUAACAGAAAGAACAAAGAGCAGAGUUAGCUUAGGUGUGUAGAGUGGGCUACUAUGAGGUGGUUAGGAUUUCUUGGAGUUUUAGGUGAUGUGGAGAGAGGUAGCUAUUUUGGUUAGUGGCUUAGGAAAACCUAGAACACAAAUGAAAUGUAGGAGUCCCAGAAUCUUUGUACUUUUUUUUUUUCUUUCUCAUUUUUAUCAGUACCAGGGAUCGAACUCACAACUGCCUGCUUGCAAGGCAGGUGCUUAUGCCACUGAGCUAAAUCCCCAGCCCGAAGUCCCAGAAUCUUUGGUUAAUCUCUGGUCCCAAUUAUCAGUGGCUAGUUCUUUUUUUUUUUUUUUUUUUUUUUUUUGUAUUUUUACUGGUACCGGGGAUUGAACUCACAACCACAGGCUUGCAAGGCAGGAGCUUAUGCCACUGAGCUAAAUCCCCAGCCCCCAGUGGCUAGUUCUUUUUUUUUUUGGACUGUUUCCUUUUUAUCGGUACCAGGGAUCGAACUCACGACUUCCUGCUUGCAAGGUAGGCGCUUAUGCUGCUGAGCUAAAUCCCCAGCCCCCUAGUGGCUAGUUCUUUAUUACUUAUUUAAUGAGUUUUGAGACAGAGUCUAGAUAUAUAUUUCAGCGUGGCCUUGAAUUCACUUAUGUAGCCCAGGACAGCCUUGGAUUCUCAGCAGUUCUCCUGCCUCAGCCUCCAGAGUUUUGAGAUUACAGGGAUGCACCACCACACCUGCUUGCAGUGCGUGCUAGUUCUAACAAUUCUUUCAGUAACCUUUUGGAAAUAUUUGGAGUUUAGUAUUAACCUGUGGAAACCUUCUUCAGAUGCCUAAGAGUAGCUUGCUAGGUUACUUGUUGAACUCUGGUCUCAAGCAGACAAAAGGCAGCUCCUCAAGGCAUUGACUAGGAAAGCUCUGAUGAGUCCAUAGAAAUUCUGGAGUUUUAGCUUUGCCCAGCUGAAUGGAUUCCUGAGCCUUUGAGAUGGUAGGAAGAAAGCUGAGUCACAGAUUACACUGACAAGCAGGUGAAAUCCAACCCAGACACACUAAUGGUGCUAUUUAUGUUGGGAUUGCAUGUCAUUUUGGAUAUCAUGCAUCAUACUUCAGAAAAAUCUAGGGUGGUUGCAUUUUCUCUCUGAUUUGAAACAACUGAUUUCUCUUCCAGGUAUAGAAGCCAAGAAAAACGUGGUGGUAACUCAGGCUGAUCAAAUAGGCCCUCUUCCCAGCACUCUGAUAAAAAGUGUGGACUGGCU